AUGGCCUCGGCUUCUGCCACUGCUACCGCAACUGCCUCGUCGUUUAUUGGUACACGCCUCCCUGAUGUACCAUCAAAUUCAGGAAAGGUCACGUGUCGGUUUGGGUUCGGAACUAAAAAGGUGGCAAAAAAAGCCCAGCCCAAGAGGAGUUCAGGAGGUUCAGACCGUCCAUUAUGGUACCCAGGUGCUAAGGCCCCAGAAUAUUUGGAUGGAACCUUAGUAGGUGAUUAUGGGUUUGAUCCAUUUGGGCUUGGGAAACCAGCAGAGUACUUACAAUUUGACUAUGAUGGAUUGGAUCAGAACUUGGCCAAGAAUGUGGCUGGUGACAUUAUUGGAACCAGGACUGAGUCGGAUGACGUUAAGGCGACAUCAUUGCAGCCAUACAGUGAAGUUUUUGGGCUUCAAAGGUUUAGGGAGUGUGAGCUUAUCCAUGGAAGAUGGGCUAUGUUGGCUACUCUUGGUGCUCUAACUGUUGAGUGGCUCACUGGUGUUACAUGGCAAGAUGCUGGCAAGGUGGAGCUCAUUGAAGGAUCAUCCUACCUUGGUCAACCACUUCCGUUCUCAAUGACCACAUUGAUCUGGAUUGAAGUAUUGGUGAUUGGGUUCAUUGAGUUCCAGAGGAAUGCAGAGCUUGACCCAGAAAAGAGACUUUACCCAGGUGGAAGCUUUGACCCGUUGGGUUUAGCAUCUGACCCAGAAAAGAAAUCAACCCUUCAGUUAGCUGAGAUCAAGCAUGCUAGAUUAGCAAUGGUUGGCUUCCUUGGCUUUGCUGUUCAAGCUGCUGUAACCGGUAAAGGCCCACUCGACAACUGGGCAACCCAUUUGAGCGACCCACUCCACACUACUAUCUUGGACAGGUUCCUGUAGAAUGACUUAUAGGGACUCUAGGGAACUUGGGAAUCUAUACAUUAAAAUUACCUCAUCAGAUGUGGUUACAUGUGUUGAGGAAGAUUACUGUUUAUUGCACUAGUACUGUAAAAGGAGUGUAAUAUUUGGCAGAUGAUUUAGAAUGGAAAAGGCAUUCUGUAGACA